UGUCGCUCUCUCAUUCCCCCACGGCAUCAAUUAUUCAACUUUCUGCACAACUCGGCCAUGUAGUUUCCUUAUCACCUCUGCCAUUCCGAUUGUCCUUAUUACCACAGGUGUCAAGAUCUCUGUUGUGUGACAAGCAUGCAGAUGCGUGUCCUUGUAAACCAGACAAUCAAAUCUAAUUGGUGGUUGUGAAGUGACGAAAAACGACGACUUUAGAGGAGUAAAUUGAGCCAAUUCGUGAGACUUGAGAACAUAGUGUAACAUUGAUCACAGCAAUUUUGUACGUUAAAAAGUAAGGACUCUAAACAAACUGUACACAACCAAGUACUUAAUAUUUGGGGACCACCACUCAGAAUCAGAGAACGCACAAUCAAUAAUUUUACUACACAGAGUUGUUAACGUCAAGAUGAUGAUUCUCCUUCAUCAUCGUCGUCAUCAAAAUCAUCAGCAGGGGACUUGAAAACCAUGUCUGUGAUCACCUCAACUCCUGUGCAUUUUGUGACAUGGUCGAAUACCUGGAUAUUUUUCAUGGCAGCCGUUCUUGGUCUGACUCUGAGUCUUUGUUUCAUCCUCACAAUCUGCACAUGCCGCUCCUUCUUCCUCAACUACUCCUGUGAGUCCAUGGAUGACGAAUUUGAAAGUGAAACUAAUCCAAUCAUGGUUCAAGAAAAAUCUGAGCUUCAGUCACAAGCAGCAGGAAUUCAAAGUUGUAGCAACCAGGGCGAGAAUGGACUGAGGACCGCUGGGGGGAAGGGACGUAAAGUCGUCGGACUCAAGGCUGUUGUAGUCGUCUGCUGAACAAACUUUGGAUAACCAAAGAGGAAAUCUUUGGAAAGGAAAAUAAAUUGAAUCUCAUCUUCGCUUGUGCAUCCGACUCAAUCGAUAAUGAAAACUGUUGAAUACGAUCUUUUGAAGAAACUCGUACAAAGGCAAAGUCUGUAAUCUCUUCUUUUUCUCUGAUCAUCGCCAUCCAGCCAAAACAGCCACAAAAUUAUCGCUUAGUCGGGUCGGCCAGCUUAGUUGUCUCCAUCAUAACCUUCUUAAAUAUCUAUCUACAUACGACUUACUUGGUCUCCUUUCCGUCGUUUCUCACGUCAUGCAGUGAUUAUGGCAAAUAAACCGUCUUAACAAUUCCCCCUGAGAAGAUUGUUUGCUCGAGUUUCGGAAUGACAUGUUCUCACCGUCUUUGCAUGAGAGCCAGGCCGCUGUUUUUGUCAAUAGUGCAAUAACACUAAAGUGAACUACACAUCGUUCUAAAGCAGCAUGAAGGCUUAAUAAGAAAUCAAUAAUCUUCAAGCAGCAAGAAUCCGUGUGUAGCAUUAUAAUACGAUACACCAUUGGUGGUGCUGAAAAGCAAACAGAUUACAUAAAUUCAUGUAGGUAUUUGUGUGAAGAACGCUAUGCAUGUGCUGCAGAAGACGUGCUACAAAAUGGAUCCGGCGUCAAGCUGAGCAAUCCUCGGAUUACAGACUAACUUAAAAAUAAUAAUUUUAAAACAAAAGUUCUCGGAUGAUUUUUAUCCGCUUUCGAAGGGUUGGGUUGAGGAGCUAAAUAUACAUUUUUAUCACGGACCACCGAGUUGAUGAUUUGCAUAUGACAUAGGCGUGAGUGGAUAGGAACUUGUUGAAAUAUUUAUAAUUUCUUCCAACCCAUUUCUAUUAUUGCUAUUACACUCGCUCAAGAGGAUGGCUGGAUUUCAUCGAUUCCUAGCACAGAGGAAAACUGCAAAUGCGUCAAAUUACAAGGAUGAAUGGGAAAAGAUAAGAUAUACGGAUUUGGCAUUAAACUGCUGAAAUUGGGUUUCCAGAUUCCAACUUUCACAUUCUAAAAGUUUUAUUGAAUACAUUUAAAGUUGGGCUCGAAGCAGACUCAACAACCGAGACACCACUGUUUGGAUUUUGCAUCUUGAAAGUGAAAGCACUCACUCGACGGUGUGAAAGAAGUGAAGCACUGCAUGUGGAAGGUUGUGCCGUGUGUUGUGUCUUCCUUAAGCUGCUGAUUUAGAGUGAAGGGUGAUGGUCGUGGUGGUGAUGAGGCUGUGACAGAAUAGCAAAACGGAGCGAGAUCAAGUUUGAAAAAAAGUUAAUAGUUGGAUUAAGCGGUGGCAUGGUGGUGGUGGUGGAAGGAAUCAUGCUUCAUAUACUCUAGAUUUUCACCACCAGCAACUUUCCCUUAUCAUCAAUGUCUGACAAUCAUCACUGACAUCAGUGGCAGCAUAUUGAUCAACCCGUGCAACAUUUGGUUAUGGCAAGAGCAAAGGGAAUGAACUAGAAAUAAAUCCCAAAGUUUUACUUCAACUCUGACUAAUAGUCAUAAGCCACAAACUCACCGCACACUAACCAGCAGCAUCAGCAGUACAGAGCACCGUGUGCAUGAGUUGAGUGGACACAAAGUCCCACACAACAGUCCCACCGGAAAAGACCGAGAGAGCAAGUAGUGUAAUUUAAUGAGAAAGUUUAACGAAAUAUUCUCUCUAAAAUUUUCCCUUCUUCCUUCCCUCUCGACACACUUGUAUUUGCCACAUUAAACAAAAUGCGGCUUUAACUUUAAUGUGGUCUUCACGAGUGAGCUGAACUGUUGCGAACAGGGGAGAAUGUCGCAAAAGAAACUUUCCAAGAUCCAAGUGGGCAGUUUUAGGCAAGAAAUAAGUUAAACGGAAGCAAGUGUUAAGAGUAAUGGGACACUGAAAAUCAUAUAAUAAAUCACGGGUUAAAUUAUUGAACGUUCCGCAGGGACUACGCUUUAUGGGUCAUAGAUUGACACCAUUCCUUAUAUAUUUAGUGGAUACUGCAGCAGCAUCUGUGCGGAAAAGACAAAGGAGUCACUCUCGGUGUGGUCGGGCCUCGUCUUAUUAAUUCUUAAACAUUUAUGUCCAGGUGAUUUUGAAGAUUUGAAAUGACCAACUAGAAUGAGAGACAUGCUCCGACUAAGGACGUAAACCAUAUCACCGCUAUGUUUACGACCGCCCGUGGUGGCUAAGUAAAAUCAUCUCGAAGGAGAAAGUACAUGGAUACGUACACGAGGAGGAUAUGUAGAAUACGUAAUGAGAGAAAGCUUUGUCCGUUAUGAAGAGCCCUGAAGCUAAAAGUUCCACCAGAGUAGCAGGGCAGAAAUAGGAAUAGAAUGAAAAUCUCCCCAGACAAGCUCUUCCCUUCUUUCCGGUUGUAGAUACAUAAUUGCGCUGUGUAUGCGAAUAUGUAUUGAGGAAAUUGUGAAACUAUAUCUGCUUUCUCCAGAAUAAUGUUUAACUGCUGCCAGGUACGAGUAGCUCUGACUUUUCGACUGAAUUAUUGUAAUUCGUGCUGUUACUGUCACAUCAUUUCCAACUCGACUAAAGCUCUCACCGCCGCGUUGUUGACGUGACCGGGACGUCGUGGGGCUUAGGAAAGGAAGAAAGAAAGCGGGGAGACGACCGACCAGCACCACAAAAAAUAAGUGUGUACGAGAGAAAGAGAGAGAGAAAGCAGAGUCAAAGUUCACCUUCAGUGGCUGUCCAUUUCAACCGAGGGGAGGAAUUUGGUGCAGACGAGGGUUGUCUGCUAAGUUUCAGAGGACACCAUCCUGGACCCGUGUUAUGUAUUCGAGGUGCUGGACUUGACCCUUUUGCAAACGAAUAUGGUCGAUUUGGGAGGUUAUGUGAUCAUUAUUGUGGAAACAAAGGACAAAAAGAUAAAGCUUUAUGGUUCACCUGCCGACAAAGCAGAUCUCGAGGUUGGUGAUGAGAUUUUGGAAGUGAAUGGGCGUUCAUUGGAAGAUGCUACACAUACAGAAGUCAUAUCGCACAUCCACCAGUGCAUAAGAUCAAGAACGAUAUGUCUUCGAGUAAAAAGAAGAAGCGGAAACAAGCUCGCUCUGGACCUAGCCUCACAAAGUAACGUUCAAGAUGCGUUUGUCAUUGCUGUUGAACAACAAGCACGAGAGCGUCUCGAAAAAUUAUCUGCUCUCAAACGCAUCAAGCCGGUGGAUAUGACAAAGUUGUCUCAUCAGCUGAGCGAAGUCCCAUCCGGAGGAGAUACAUCCGAGCUAAACGGACUUAUUGAAGCAGCAACAGGGAGCCCUAUAUAUGUGACAUCCGCCUCCGAGUUGAGCAGUUCUUCCCAGUCAGCUCUUCACAGAACAGCAGCAGGUUCGACAACGGGCGGUGGCGGCGGUGGUGGAGAUAACAUUUCGGACCGUUCUCCACUUCGCAGCGUUGAUGGUAACAACGUCACCGUGGUCGGUGUCAACUCCACUUCUUCCAGCAGCAAUCAUCACCUUCUUCCAGCAACCACUUCCACCACGGCAGCAGAAGGCGACGACGACGAAGAGAAUGUUCUGACAACCAGGGCACAGGUCAGAAAAGCUCUGCCCAACGGACAGUAUCCUGACACGGCCAGAAAGUCAUCAAGCAGAGACAGCAUCAACAGCAGUGGGAAGACGUCGGGUGGUUCCCGGGAGAGCAUCGACGUGGAAGGGGCCAAGUCCUCAUCAAGCCGGGGUCGAGGAGGGAAAUUGAAUUCCAGCCGAGAGUCUGUCGCCGACCCUGCGCAGUAUGCCAACAUGAUCAACAUGGUGGAAUGGGACAACAAUGGUCCACAUCGAGAAAUGGCUGUUGAUGUCCCGGAAUCUUUCGUACCCAGAAAUAAAACCCCACCGCGCUACCCACCCAACAAGGCAUCCACCCUCAACGCCUCCAAUAACAAUAACAAACCCGCACUGACCAAGACUGUCAGCAGCGGUGGAGGGGUGGCUGUCAUGUCCAGUGAUGGUGUUGGCGUUCGUGGCAAUGGGACGCUGACGGGACAAAAUGGUGCGACCAAGCCAGUGCCCCCUCCCAGAAUUGGGGACAACAAGGAGACGGGGAGUUGGUCGAGUGUGAACAAUAAUAAUACACAAAUCCCUUAUGUCCAUCCAAGAACAAUUGUCAGUCCAAGCAAGACUGGUACGGCUAUUGCCGCAACAACGCCGUCCAGAGAUGAAGCUGAAAGGAUACGCAAAUACCAGGAGGAGCUGAAAAAGCGACGGGAGCAGGAGGAGCAACAUGCGAAGGAGCAGGAAUUCCUUAGAACUUCGAUUAGAGGUUCCAAGAAGUUGCAAGCCUUAGAAAGUGGGCGAGAGGAGAGCCCAGUCUCGGGCUUUGUCAACGACGCCUAUGACGAUGUCGACGAGGACAGAAUUCCGUAUCCACAUCCGCGGUUUGACGCCAGCACCAGUUUGCAAAAGCCUGUUGGAUUGACAGAUCUUGUGGCCAGCUUGCAUAGAGUACAGCAAACCCUAAAGAAGAACGGACUUCAUCUAGAUGAAACCGUUUCCGCCGUGGGCACUUUAAUGCAGACACCGGAAUUUCAGCAAAUCCUUGCCGUUCAUAAUAAAGUACAAGAUGUAUGGUGUUUCAACGCCCCUCCGACCCCUUUCUCCGCUCACGCUCAUCAACUUGUUCAAGAGGUUUCUGGAAGCCUUUACAAUUGCUCAGUCCCUGAGUCAGUCGAACUUACCGAAAUCCUCAGCAGAGUCGACUUGGAAGGAGUUUUGUACUCUCAUGAUAAAAUUGCUGAGCGCGAGAGACUGCUAAUGACGAACGAUUCGGCUACUGGAGAGUCAGUCGAUGCUGACCCCGUCGUCAUCAGUAGUAGCAUCAUUCCCGUCGUCCCACAAACAUCCCUCAUCAAUCCACCAAAGCCUUCUGUUCGGCCUUUCGUCUCUGAACCCCAACCUGAUGACAGAAUAAAAGUCGUCCGAAUAGAAAAGACUCAGGACCCUCUCGGUGCCACUGUGAGAAACCAAUGUCUUCAUGGAUCAAACGAUCUGGAUGCGGUUGUAAUUGGUAGAAUAGUGAAGGGUGGAGCUGCGGAGAGAAGCGGACUCCUGCACGAGGGAGACGAAAUCCUGGAAGUAAACGGUCUUGAAAUGCGUGGGAAGGGGGUGAACGAGGUGUGCGAAAUACUAAGCCGAUUGACAGGGACGUUAACUUUUCUAAUUGUACCUACACAAAGCCCACCUACAAUUCAACAACGAAGAGAUGUUCUGAUACAUGUACGAGCUCAUUUCGAUUAUGACCCUGAAGAUGACCAGUACCUUCCUUGUCGAGAACUUGGGAUAGCGUUUAGCAAAGGCGAUGUUCUGCAUGUAAUCAAUCAAGAUGACCCUUCGUGGUGGCAGGCCCACCGCGAAGGAGAAGAAGACCAAGCUCUGGCUGGGUUAAUUCCCUCAAAGUCCUUCCAAGAACAGCGUUGCACACUCCAACAACAAUUGCUGGGUGAGACAGAGACGAGAGAAAAAUCGAGAAAGGGAACUUUACUUUGUGCCAAAUCCCAGAAAAAGAAAAAGAAGAAAAUUCCAUACAGCUCAGCAUUUAAUGACGAUUUUGAUGCUGAGGAAAUUCCCACCUAUGAAGAAGUAUCCUUGUACUAUCCCCGAACAAGUUUCAAGCGGCCUGUCGUUCUCAUUGGGCCACCAAAUAUUGGGAGACACGAACUUAGACAAAGACUAAUGCAAGAAUCGGAACGUUUUGCUGCAGCCGUCCCUCACACAAGUCGAACGAAGAAAGAUGGAGAGAUUGAUGGACAAGACUAUCAUUUUAUUAGUAGAGCCCAAUUUGAAUCUGAUAUUUUAGGAAGAAAGUUUGUAGAACAUGGGGAAUUUGAAAAGGCUUAUUACGGCACAAGUUUAGACGCCAUUCGCAGUGUGGUUAACCUCGGGAAAAUUUGUGUUCUUAAUCUCCAUCCACAGUCGCUUAAAAUGUUACGAAAUUCUGAUUUGAGACCCUACAUUGUGUUCGUAGCCCCACCACCUCUGGAAAGAUUGAAACAAAUGCGAAUCGCCAGAGGAGAAGCUUACAAGGAAGAGGAGCUAAUAGACAUAAUAGAGAAAGCGAGAGAAAUGGAUGAAAAAUAUGGCCACUAUUUCGACCUGGUGAUAAUCAAUAACGAGAUUGAGAGAACUUAUCACGAAUUGCUACAAAGGAUAAAUUAUACGGAACGCGAACCGCAAUGGGUGCCAGCAUUUUGGGAGGUUAAGGUGGGAUCCUAAGACGUUUACACUGGAAACCACCAACCAUACACCUAUAAUAGAACCAACCAAUAAGAUGGCCAUUCUCAUUUGAUACCUCUUGUUACAUAUAAAUACAUAAGCCAUACUAGAAGCCAUCCUCCCUUUGAUGCAACCAAUAAUAUGAAAAAUUUGCGUAGGAAGAAAUCUCCAUUAACUCCUCCCUUAUCUGUGAUCAUGAUAAUCAACAAUAAUCACUCUUGUGUUUCAGCCUCUCAACUCUCAAAAUGUGUCAAGUUCUAUUACUGUGCUAUUAUUGUUUUCCAGCAUAUGAUAUGCAUAAUAUUGUUUCGAAAUCCUUAAACUCGGUGUCCAGUUGUAAUACAUGCGUUGUUAUUACGGAUGUCCAACUAAUGGCAUUUCCUUCGUGAAGAUUAUGAAGUAAAUGCUCUAUGAUUAUCAUAAGACAAAGUUCGUUAGGAUAUCUAUUUGAAUACCUGCCUAUUUGCAUAAGUUCAUUGCAUAAUUAUGAGAUAGAGUUUUUAUUAUUAAUUGUUACCUUCUGACAGCAAUAAUUUUCAAAUAAAAUAUUAUUAAACGUGGUUUGUACAAUUAAUAUAGUUCUUAUAAAACAAACGCAAGUUUUUCAUAGGCUAUUCAUGUAAGUGUGUAUACAGGUUCAAUUAUGUAUAUCUUAUUAUCUACAUCUGUCCGCAAUUGGAGUGAGUGUGUUGUUCAGCCAUGCCAAAGUAAUUUUAAGAAUAUACUAAUAACUAACAGUAAUUUGAGAUGUACCAAACUUGAGAAUAUAAAAAAAUGCGAAUGAAAAAUUAAAAACAAAGUUGUUGGUAUUUGAAGAGAUUAUGAAGCUAUUAGUAUUAGGAUGAUUGAGAUUCAACUGUGUUUUACUAAACUACGUAACUGACAUGUUUUUUGAAGUAAUGAGGAAAUACAUUAAAAAUAGCCCCAAUUUUACAAGACAAAAUUAUGCUACUGUCGUAUUAUUUCCAAUGAUUCCUUAUUACUAGGCAAAAAUGCAUGUAAACGGAAAUUAUAGCCAUCAGUUUGUUACACAUAUUUAGGUGCUACAUCUUCUGUACAUUUCCUAAAUCUCAAUUUAUAUGUAUACCUUUUUUGUUAGUGAACCUCGAUAAUUUUUGGAUUUUCCAAAAAAGUUGGCCAAAUGCAGUCCUCAGCUAUAAUAAUUAUUGCAUCUAUGAAUGAGGAAGAUAUAUUAUAGUUUUAACGAACUACAGACUGUGUUGUUUGCCAAAAUAUUCGUGAAAAGACUUAAGAAAUUAUAAUAUAUACAGCUAUUUGUGCAUGGAGUUAUUUUUAAUUCAAUAUUUUUUUGUAUUUUAUUAGCGUUAAAAUCUGUACAUAUAUACCCAUUUACUUGAUUAUUGUGAAAGAUUUGUUAACAACUUGUACUUUUAUUAAGUAAUACAUAUAUUACACAUGAAAACGGUUUUA